UGGGGGCACCCCUUCGACUACUGUGGCACCCGACUGGAAGCAGGCCCUACGGGAAGAACUGAAGAGAGAUGUGCGGGAACAAAUGUCUGACCUGUCCAAAUCUUUUAUGGAGGAGCUCCGUCGAGAACGCCCCCAGUUGUCCUCUUUACCGCGGGAGCGGACUUACUCUGAUGGGAAUCGUCCCCCCGACCGCCGUCCAUCCCGACCUUCGGGCUCUCGAUUCCAGUGGGAUGAACACGGGCGUCCCAUCUGUAACGGCUGUGGAGAGCCGGGGCAUUACUUUCGUCAGUGUCCUGCUCGACGUGCAUCGCAAGGGGGUUUUUAGAGUUUCCGGCCACUGUGGGUCAAGUGGUCGGGACCCCCUCAUCAGACCCCUUCCUACCUACAUCUUUUAGGAGCCGCUUGGUGGGCUGUUGCCCGGUGGUGGUGGUUCAGGUUAAUGACCAGGAAGUACAGUGCCUUUUGGAUACAGGCUCCCAAGUGACCCUAUUCACCGAAAGCUUGGCCCAUGAGUUGUUUGGCACCGAAAGUCGACCACCUGCGGAAGCCCCCUGGUUGACGCUACGUGGGGCAAAUGGCCUCGACAUCCCGUACGUAGGAUAUCUUGUGACCGAUCUGAAGAUUCACGGGGUUGUAGUGUCUCAGAAAGGAGUGGUGGUCGUACGAGACACAUGCCUGGGGUCUCAUCGUGCCCUGAUUGGGAUGAACGUCAUUGCAGACUGUUGGGAGGAUUUGUUUCGGAGUAGACCGGCUCGGGCAGUUACAACAUCGGCCGGCCAGGAGUGGGACCGCAUCAGGGCUGACUGCCGCCGGGUAUGUCUUGCCGAACGACAGGGGGAUAGGGAAAGCACGGGAAGAGUGGCCUGCCGUUACGCCUUAUCCAUUCCAGCUCAGAGUGAGGCUGUGGUCUGGGCCAGGUUGCCCCCUCGACUUUAUAGUCCGGAAGAAUGGGUCAUGGUGGAACCUCACGAAGAUGGUCCCAAGGUGGAAGUCGCUCGAGGAUUGGCGACUGUUCGGGGGGGCCGGGUCUCAGUGCGGGUCAGGAACAUGAACCCCUUUCCUGUGCAUUUGUAUCAUCACCAACGGUUGGCCCGAGUGACCUCAGUGAGACCCCAGCAGGUUCGUGAACAGGGUGAAGUUAAUUUCAAUCGAGUGAGCCCGACAGUGGUCGAGGUGGCCCUGGCACGAGCUGGUCCGGAGGCGGGAGAGACAGGAAGAGGAAUGCCUGCCCACCUGACGGGGGAGUCUUUACGGGGUGAAGGACUAGGUGAAGAGCAAUUGGGACAACUCCAGGAGUUCUUGAGGAAGUGGCAACACUUGUUUUCCACUCAUGACGAGGACUACGGUCGCACAGAUGUGGUAAGACAUCAAAUCCCAACUGGGGACGCUGCACCCAGCCGAGAGCGUUAUCGACCCGUGCCCCCGACCUUAUACUCAGAGGUUCGCACCCUUUUACGAGGGAUGCUCGACAAGGGGAUUAUUAGAGAGAGCAGUAGCCCUUGGGCCGCCCCGAUAGUACUGGUUCGAAAGAAAACAGGUUCCUGGAGGUUUUGUGUGGAUUACCGAAGGCUGAAUCAAGUAACCAAAAGAGAUGCUUUCCCGUUGCCUCGAGUUGAAGACUCUCUUACGAGCCUCACACAAGCCACCUGGUAUUCCACUCUUGACUUGGCCAGCGGUUAUUGGCAGGUGCAGAUGGAUGAGCAUGACAGGGAGAAGACAGCGUUCACUACCCCCUUCGGCCUAUAUGAAUGGGACCGGAUGCCGUUCGGCCUUUGCAACGCCCCCGCCACAUUCCAACGGCUGAUGCAGCGUUGUCUAGGCAACCAACUGAUGGAUACCACCCUUGUCUACUUAGACGACGUUAUCGUCUACUCUCCAGAUUUCAAGUCCCAUCUUGAGCACCUAGAGCAAGUCUUCCGCUCUUUAGAGCGAUAUGGGUUGAAGCUCCAGCCAGACAAGUGCCAGCUUUUCCGAAAGGAAGUCAGAUUCCUGGGGCAUGUGGUGAGCGCGGCAGGGAUUUCAGUUGAUCCGGAGAAGGUGGUGGCAGUACAGGAAUGGGCUGCGCCCAAGACGGUGCGCCAGGUCCGUUCGUUCCUGGGCUUCGUGGGCUACUAUAGAUGAUUCAUUAAGGAUUUCUCUAAAAUUGCUAAACCGAUCAACCAGUUGCUGGGAGGUACGGGAAGAGUUCGGGGGCGAGGGUCCCCUUCGAUCCAAUGGGAUCCAGCUUGUGAAGCCGCCUUCCAGAAGCUCAAGCAGGAACUACUACAGGCCCCGAUUCUAGCCUAUGCCGACUUCACACAACCCUUCACUUUGUACACCGACGCUAGCCAUCUGGGCUUGGGGGCCGUUUUGGCACAGAAGCAGCAGGGAGAGGAAAAGGUAAUUGCUUAUGCAAGCCGAAGUCUACAUCCAACGGAGAAGAAUGACGCUAAUUACAGUUCUUUCAAGCUUGAGUUGCUGGCAGUGAAAUGGGCGUUGUGUGAAAAAUUCAAGGACUAUUUAUGGGGAGCCAAGGUACGGGUCGUUACGGACAAUAAUCCAUUGGUACAUUUGCAGACUGCUAAACUGGGGGCGGUGGAACAACGCUGGGCGGCACAACUGGCCAAUUUUGACUAUCAGAUCCAGUACCGGCCAGGAAGAGAACAUACUAAUGCCGAUGUACUAUCUAGGCUACCCGGUGAAGGAUCGGCAGGUCAGGGACCGGUACCAGAAGCGGGAUUCGACGAGGGAUUGAUGGUGGGAGUAGUAGAGGCACCGGGGCAAAUGCCGGAGGAACCCCCCCCUUGUUGGGGGUGGGACCCGCAGCGAUGGAGGUUGUGGCAGGGCGAAGAUGGAGAUGUAGCGUUGGUUCGAACGUGGCUAGAACAGAAGGCCUGGCCUGAGGGUGCGGCUCGCCGGGCCCAGACUCGGAUUGUACGGGGCCUGCUGGGACAGAAGGAGAGACUCUAUUUGAAGGAAGGUGUGCUGUGUAGGGCCAUUCAGGACCCAGGUCGGGGCGAAGAGGUCUGUCAGAUCGUGGUCCCUGAAGGGCGUUGUCAGGCGUUACUGGAGGCAUAUCACUCCAGGAUGGGACACCAAGGGCAAGAGAGGACAUUGGCACUGGUGAGACGACAUUUCUACUGGCCUGGGAUGGAAGGUACCACGAGGACUUACCUUCAGAGGUGCCCCCGCUGCACGUUGUUUAAGACCAAGAAGGAGGCACGGGCACCGCUGGUCCCGAUUCAGGCCAAGGCACCGCUGCAUAUGGUGGCCAUGGAUUAUCUGACUUUGGGACGGCCAAUGGAUCGGAUCCAGAACAUCCUCGUGGUAACCGACUUGUUUACCAAGUACGCUUGGGCCAUCCCAACUGUGGACCAAACCGCCGUCACUACUGCCAACGCCCUCUGGAGGUAUGUGAUCCAACCAUUCGGAUGCCCGGAAAUCUUCCACUCAGACCAAGGAAACAAUUUUGAGUCUAGGGUGAUCCAUGAGCUGUGCCAAUUGUACGGAUGCAAGAAGACCCACACGACUCCCUACCACCCCCAAGGGAACGGGGGGUGUGAAAGGUUUAAUCAGACCCUAUUGAGUUUAUUAGGAACCUUGGAGAAGGAACAGCAAGGCCAUUGGGUCGACAGGCUCCCGGCGAUGGUGCAGGCUUACAAUAACAGUGUGCACAGUACCACCGGUUACGCUCCUACUUACCUGAUGUUCGGCAGACAUGUGAGACUUCCAAUGGAUAUGCUUCUGGGGACCACUGCAGGAGAAGAGGGAGGUAGCUUGACAGAUUGGGUGCAGGGACACCACCAACGCCUCCAGUCGGCGUACGAACGAGUCUCUGACCAGAUUAAUCGAGCAGCGUUAAAGAAUAAGAGGUUGUAUGACCGGACGGCUCGAGAGGCACCGCUACUGUCAGGGGAGAGGGUGCUGGUGCGGGACAAUCGCCGACAAGGGAAGGGAAAGUUGAGUGACCGGUGGGAGGCUCAGCCGUUUGUCGUCCAGCGACAGCCACACCCAGACCAACCUGUAUAUGCAUUGCGACCAGAAGGAAAGGCAGGCCCCGAACGGGUGUUACACCGUAAUUUGAUUCGCCCUUGUCCAAACUAUCCAAAAUGUGUUGUAGAGAAUCCACCGGUCGAGACGUCCGAGAUGCCCCUGCUGGUAGGAUGGGCGGUGAUUCCCAGAGGCCUAGGCCUAGGACCACGACCUGAAGCACCUGUUUCCCCACCUCGUCGGUCCCAGCGAGAGAAUCGAGGUCAGCCUCCAGCUAGGUAUGGAGACUGGGUGUCUGGAGACCCGACCAGAGGUGAGAUGGCAGAAGAGGGAGAGCCCGGGGUGCGGCAACCGGUCAUGCCGAUCUUCAUGGGGGCUCCGUGGGCUCCGAAGUAUGGAGGCCCGGGAUCUGAGAUGAGUUUGUCGAUGUGGAAGACCCAGGUAGAGUACCUGGCAGGGCUUCAAGGUUUGAGCGCCCCACAGAAGGUCCAGUUUGUUCUAAACUCCUUGGAUGGAGAAGCGAGAAGAGAAGUUCAGGCGGCUCCGGAAGCAACCCGAGCAACUGUCCAGGCCAUUUUUGACUUUCUCACGGGACAAUAUGGAGACGCCACCCCGGUAGCUGUUCUGAGAACGAAAUUCUUCAAUUCUCGGCAAGGCCCUCGCCAAUCUGUUCGGGCAUUUACCCUACAGCUGCGGGAGCAGUUUUCUAGACUUACGGGGAGACAGGAUCAUGGCCUGGGGGGCGAAGAGGCUCUGCUCCGAGAUCAGUUUUUACUGGGGUUACGGGAGGGUCCUGUGCGCCAGAGUCUGCGGGUGCAAUUUCGACGAACACCGAAUCUAACUUUUGAAGAGCUUCGACGAGAAGCGCUGGCCCUUGAGCAUGAUCAUGCGGAGAAUGUAGAUCCCCCCAGCUGUCUAGUCACGAACGUUGGGGGCACCCCUUCGACUACUGUGGCACCCGACUGGAAGCAGGCCCUACGGGAAGAACUGAAGAGAGAUGUGCGGGAACAAAUGUCUGACCUGUCCAAAUCUUUUAUGGAGGAGCUCCGUCGAGAACGCCCCCAGUUGUCCUCUUUACCGCGGGAGCGGACUUACUCUGAUGGGAAUCGUCCCCCCGACCGCCAACGGCUGUGGAGAGCCGGGGCAUUACUUUCGUCAGUGUCCUGCUCGACGUGCAUCGCAAGGGGGUUUUUAGAGUUUCCGGCCACUGUGGGUCAAGUGGUCGGGACCCCCUCAUCAGACCCCUUCCUACCUACAUCUUUUAGGAGCCGCUUGGUGGGCUGUUGCCCGGUGGUGGUGGUUCAGGUUAAUGACCAGGAAGUACAGUGCCUUUUGGAUACAGGCUCCCAAGUGACCCUAUUCACCGAAAGCUUGGCCCAUGAGUUGUUUGGCACCGAAAGUCGACCACCUGCGGAAGCCCCCUGGUUGACGCUACGUGGGGCAAAUGGCCUCGACAUCCCGUACGUAGGAUAUCUUGUGACCGAUCUGAAGAUUCACGGGGUUGUAGUGUCUCAGAAAGGAGUGGUGGUCGUACGAGACACAUGCCUGGGGUCUCAUCGUGCCCUGAUUGGGAUGAACGUCAUUGCAGACUGUUGGGAGGAUUUGUUUCGGAGUAGACCGGCUCGGGCAGUUACAACAUCGGCCGGCCAGGAGUGGGACCGCAUCAGGGCUGACUGCCGCCGGGUAUGUCUUGCCGAACGACAGGGGGAUAGGGAAAGCACGGGAAGAGUGGCCUGCCGUUACGCCUUAUCCAUUCCAGCUCAGAGUGAGGCUGUGGUCUGGGCCAGGUUGCCCCCUCGACUUUAUAGUCCGGAAGAAUGGGUCAUGGUGGAACCUCACGAAGAUGGUCCCAAGGUGGAAGUCGCUCGAGGAUUGGCGACUGUUCGGGGGGGCCGGGUCUCAGUGCGGGUCAGGAACAUGAACCCCUUUCCUGUGCAUUUGUAUCAUCACCAACGGUUGGCCCGAGUGACCUCAGUGAGACCCCAGCAGGUUCGUGAACAGGGUGAAGUUAAUUUCAAUCGAGUGAGCCCGACAGUGGUCGAGGUGGCCCUGGCACGAGCUGGUCCGGAGGCGGGAGAGACAGGAAGAGGAAUGCCUGCCCACCUGACGGGGGAGUCUUUACGGGGUGAAGGACUAGGUGAAGAGCAAUUGGGACAACUCCAGGAGUUCUUGAGGAAGUGGCAACACUUGUUUUCCACUCAUGACGAGGACUACGGUCGCACAGAUGUGGUAAGACAUCAAAUCCCAACUGGGGACGCUGCACCCAGCCGAGAGCGUUAUCGACCCGUGCCCCCGACCUUAUACUCAGAGGUUCGCACCCUUUUACGAGGGAUGCUCGACAAGGGGAUUAUUAGAGAGAGCAGUAGCCCUUGGGCCGCCCCGAUAGUACUGGUUCGAAAGAAAACAGGUUCCUGGAGGUUUUGUGUGGAUUACCGAAGGCUGAAUCAAGUAACCAAAAGAGAUGCUUUCCCGUUGCCUCGAGUUGAAGACUCUCUUACGAGCCUCACACAAGCCACCUGGUAUUCCACUCUUGACUUGGCCAGCGGUUAUUGGCAGGUGCAGAUGGAUGAGCAUGACAGGGAGAAGACAGCGUUCACUACCCCCUUCGGCCUAUAUGAAUGGGACCGGAUGCCGUUCGGCCUUUGCAACGCCCCCGCCACAUUCCAACGGCUGAUGCAGCGUUGUCUAGGCAACCAACUGAUGGAUACCACCCUUGUCUACUUAGACGACGUUAUCGUCUACUCUCCAGAUUUCAAGUCCCAUCUUGAGCACCUAGAGCAAGUCUUCCGCUCUUUAGAGCGAUAUGGGUUGAAGCUCCAGCCAGACAAGUGCCAGCUUUUCCGAAAGGAAGUCAGAUUCCUGGGGCAUGUGGUGAGCGCGGCAGGGAUUUCAGUUGAUCCGGAGAAGGUGGUGGCAGUACAGGAAUGGGCUGCGCCCAAGACGGUGCGCCAGGUCCGUUCGUUCCUGGGCUUCGUGGGCUACUAUAGAUGAUUCAUUAAGGAUUUCUCUAAAAUUGCUAAACCGAUCAACCAGUUGCUGGGAGGUACGGGAAGAGUUCGGGGGCGAGGGUCCCCUUCGAUCCAAUGGGAUCCAGCUUGUGAAGCCGCCUUCCAGAAGCUCAAGCAGGAACUACUACAGGCCCCGAUUCUAGCCUAUGCCGACUUCACACAACCCUUCACUUUGUACACCGACGCUAGCCAUCUGGGCUUGGGGGCCGUUUUGGCACAGAAGCAGCAGGGAGAGGAAAAGGUAAUUGCUUAUGCAAGCCGAAGUCUACAUCCAACGGAGAAGAAUGACGCUAAUUACAGUUCUUUCAAGCUUGAGUUGCUGGCAGUGAAAUGGGCGUUGUGUGAAAAAUUCAAGGACUAUUUAUGGGGAGCCAAGGUACGGGUCGUUACGGACAAUAAUCCAUUGGUACAUUUGCAGACUGCUAAACUGGGGGCGGUGGAACAACGCUGGGCGGCACAACUGGCCAAUUUUGACUAUCAGAUCCAGUACCGGCCAGGAAGAGAACAUACUAAUGCCGAUGUACUAUCUAGGCUACCCGGUGAAGGAUCGGCAGGUCAGGGACCGGUACCAGAAGCGGGAUUCGACGAGGGAUUGAUGGUGGGAGUAGUAGAGGCACCGGGGCAAAUGCCGGAGGAACCCCCCCCUUGUUGGGGGUGGGACCCGCAGCGAUGGAGGUUGUGGCAGGGCGAAGAUGGAGAUGUAGCGUUGGUUCGAACGUGGCUAGAACAGAAGGCCUGGCCUGAGGGUGCGGCUCGCCGGGCCCAGACUCGGAUUGUACGGGGCCUGCUGGGACAGAAGGAGAGACUCUAUUUGAAGGAAGGUGUGCUGUGUAGGGCCAUUCAGGACCCAGGUCGGGGCGAAGAGGUCUGUCAGAUCGUGGUCCCUGAAGGGCGUUGUCAGGCGUUACUGGAGGCAUAUCACUCCAGGAUGGGACACCAAGGGCAAGAGAGGACAUUGGCACUGGUGAGACGACAUUUCUACUGGCCUGGGAUGGAAGGUACCACGAGGACUUACCUUCAGAGGUGCCCCCGCUGCACGUUGUUUAAGACCAAGAAGGAGGCACGGGCACCGCUGGUCCCGAUUCAGGCCAAGGCACCGCUGCAUAUGGUGGCCAUGGAUUAUCUGACUUUGGGACGGCCAAUGGAUCGGAUCCAGAACAUCCUCGUGGUAACCGACUUGUUUACCAAGUACGCUUGGGCCAUCCCAACUGUGGACCAAACCGCCGUCACUACUGCCAACGCCCUCUGGAGGUAUGUGAUCCAACCAUUCGGAUGCCCGGAAAUCUUCCACUCAGACCAAGGAAACAAUUUUGAGUCUAGGGUGAUCCAUGAGCUGUGCCAAUUGUACGGAUGCAAGAAGACCCACACGACUCCCUACCACCCCCAAGGGAACGGGGGGUGUGAAAGGUUUAAUCAGACCCUAUUGAGUUUAUUAGGAACCUUGGAGAAGGAACAGCAAGGCCAUUGGGUCGACAGGCUCCCGGCGAUGGUGCAGGCUUACAAUAACAGUGUGCACAGUACCACCGGUUACGCUCCUACUUACCUGAUGUUCGGCAGACAUGUGAGACUUCCAAUGGAUAUGCUUCUGGGGACCACUGCAGGAGAAGAGGGAGGUAGCUUGACAGAUUGGGUGCAGGGACACCACCAACGCCUCCAGUCGGCGUACGAACGAGUCUCUGACCAGAUUAAUCGAGCAGCGUUAAAGAAUAAGAGGUUGUAUGACCGGACGGCUCGAGAGGCACCGCUACUGUCAGGGGAGAGGGUGCUGGUGCGGGACAAUCGCCGACAAGGGAAGGGAAAGUUGAGUGACCGGUGGGAGGCUCAGCCGUUUGUCGUCCAGCGACAGCCACACCCAGACCAACCUGUAUAUGCAUUGCGACCAGAAGGAAAGGCAGGCCCCGAACGGGUGUUACACCGUAAUUUGAUUCGCCCUUGUCCAAACUAUCCAAAAUGUGUUGUAGAGAAUCCACCGGUCGAGACGUCCGAGAUGCCCCUGCUGGUAGGAUGGGCGGUGAUUCCCAGAGGCCUAGGCCUAGGACCACGACCUGAAGCACCUGUUUCCCCACCUCGUCGGUCCCAGCGAGAGAAUCGAGGUCAGCCUCCAGCUAGGUAUGGAGACUGGGUGUCUGGAGACCGUUCUCGGGACUAGAACGGUUUGGCGGGGGGGUAUGUCACGGUGUGACAAAUGGUAUAUGGAACUUAUUCCCGUUGAAGCCGUGUUUCCGCUGGGACACUUUGAGUGUAACACCGGUCCCAGGCCUGUGUGUGCAUCUGUUGCCAUGACAACCCCAAAUGACCGAUUGGAAACAGGUGUGGGGAAUUUACCUUGGGGGUUUGAGUGAGGUCCUGUCAGCACUUGAGAGAGUAUAAAAAGCAAGAGAAAGAGACUGUUGGUGUGGUUCUCUCCCGUGAGAAGUCGUUUUAUCGAGUGGUUGCAGUUAUUGGAGUGCGGGUGAAUGAAGAGGAGAGUGUGGACUUGAUGAGGGACUCGAGGGCAACAGAGGGAAAGUGGAAUAUCCGGUUUGCAUUGGAGAGGAGCUAGGUAGUCGAGAACUGAGUCUCGUAAUUGCAUGUAUUCGACACUGAAUUGGAUGUGGUUUGGAGUGUGUGGAUCACGAUCAUAAAUGUCACCGAGUGGAUUGUACUGAUUCAUUGCCGACCUCCUGUCUCUUUCUCCAUCAUAAAUGGUGAUGUGAACUCUGCCUGUGUUUGUGAAGAAAAACAUCCCGAAAUACCCUUUGUAGCAUUGAUGAACGCGGCCCCCUCGGACAGAGACCCAAGGGUGAGUGCGGGCUUUAAAUUGCACGUCGUGAAGUGAGAUUGCAGUGCCUAAGAUUGACGUUUCCCCCACCUUAUAUGCUAGAAGUGGAAUUGCUGUGUGUGUGGAAGAUACAUUCCCUUUGCCGUGCACUCUCCCUGUGCUACGCUGGUCUACUGUCAAUAGUGAGAGUUCUGUGUCAUUGCUCUGUUCUAACUGAGUGGAUGUUGAGGAAUUAUCAUCUGGACUCUGAAUUAACCCCUCUGUUUGAGUGAAUAAGAGACGAGAUGCCUUGUUGAAUUGUUCGUGGUCUGUCUCCGUAGAAGUCCCAUUCAUCCCGCUGACUUUGAGUCUGCUGUAUUCCUGCAACGCAGCCGUAUUGUGAGAAGUGCUCACUCCCUUCUAUGCACAUGAACUGUAUACCUUGUGUGAAGCACCCUUUCUGUCUGCUCCAGUAGAGGUCCCGUUCAGCCCAUCGACUUUGAGCCUGCUGCAACCUGGGAGCCCACCUGUGUGGGGAGAAGUGACUGUCCCUCUGCUGUGAACGUAAAGCCGGUCCGUUCUGUCUGGAAUAUCCACUUCAUCUAGGCCAGAAGAGGCCUUGCUCAGCCUGUCGACUAGAGUCUAGGGAAUUCCCGCAAUUCAUCUGUAUCGUGAGAAGUGUUCGUCCCCUUCCAACUCAUGUGAACCGUAUGCUUACUUGAAGUAUCCCUUCUGUCUGUUUCAGUAGGAGCCCUGUGCAACCGGUUGACUUCGAGUCUACUGUAUCCUUAUAGUCACCUGUGCUGAGAGAAGUGGCUGUCCUUCUGUUACGAACGGGGUUGGUACACUUUGUCUGGAGUAUUCCUCUGUUCCAGUUUCUGUGCCUGUGGAGAGAAGGAGGUUGAAAUUAUUCGCUUACCCUGUAAAGAUUCCCUCGCCACCCCAUCAUCAGAGUGUGAAUCUGCUGUAUACGUACCUGACCGACGGCCAUCUGCCCCGGAUCCCGUACCUGUGAAGGAAGGGAGGUUGGAAAUAUUUACUUACCAGAGAGACUUACCGGGCCGUUCGCCUGUUUACUGCAUCUCCACCUGGGAAAGACCUACCUGACAAUUUACCUGUCCACCGCCCCAUUCACUACAGGGCCCGCACUGAGGAAGAGAGCGGGAGAGACCCUGGUUGUUGUACUGUUCACCUUCGAUUCCUGAGGGCAAGAAGGAAGAAGAUUUUAGACUAGGAUUUUCAAAUUGCUUUUACUUCUAAAUAAAACUUGUUGAAAUUUUAUUCUGUCUCCGAUUUCUCCCUCUGAUACGCUCCUCGAGG